GCCGCAGCGGCCGCCGCUGGUCCCGGCUCGUGGCGCGAGCUUCGGAAGAGGCGGGGGUCCCGCGUGCCAGGCCCGCCGCGCGCGCCGCCAGGGGUGGUUAAUUUCCUCUACAGGUUGAAGAGCAGCAGUUGAAGUUUUACUGUAAAGCAGAUUCUUCGCUAAAUCAAAGACAAUCCCAUGGUUUGGUCUGUCUACAGCUGAAGUAAUUGCUAGCUGGGAUUUUGUUCUUAGUUUGCUGUGCUUCACAGGAGAGAUUUUAAUGGAUCUCAACAGUGCUAGCACUAUUGUUUUGCAAGUCUUGACCCAAGCUACUAGCCAAGAUACUGCAGUGUUGAAGCCAGCUGAGGAACAACUGAAGCAGUGGGAGACACAGCCAGGUUUUUAUUCAGUUUUAUUGAAUAUCUUUACAAAUCAUACUCUGGAUGUGAAUGUAAGAUGGUUAGCUGUGCUGUACUUCAAAAAUGGAAUUGAUCGCUACUGGAGACGGGUUGCACCACAUGCUCUUUCUGAAGAAGAAAAAACUACAUUACGUGCUGGACUUAUUACCAACUUCAAUGAGCCAGUGAAUCAGAUAGCAACUCAGAUCUCUGUACUGAUUGCCAAAGUUGCCAGGGUGGACUGCCCAAGGCAAUGGCCAGAACUUAUACCCACUCUUGUAGAAUCUGUGAAAGUGCAGGAUGAUCUUCGACAGCACAGAGCGCUACUUACCUUUUAUCAUGUUACAAAAACUCUGGCAUCCAAAAGGCUUGCUGCAGAUAGGAAACUUUUCUAUGAUCUUGCAUCAGGUAUUUAUAGCUUUGCAUGUUCCUUGUGGAAUCAUCAUACCGAUACAUUCCUCCAGCAAGUUUGUACAGGGGAUGAAGCUGCAGCCACAAAUUCACUAGAAAGAACGUUGUUGUCAUUGAAAGUGCUUCGUAAACUGACAGUCCAUGGGUUUUUGGAACCUCAUUGGAAUGCAGAGGUGAUGGGUUUUCUACAUGCAGUGUUUGAGAGGCUAAAACAAUUUCUGGAGUGUAGUAGAAGUAUAAGAGCAGAAAAUGUAUGCAGAGAUCGUCUAGAAAAGACUAUAAUUCUGUUCACUAAAGUGCUUUUGGACUUCCUGGAUCAACAUCCUUUUUCGUUCACCCCUUUGAUUCAGAGGUCUUUGGAGUUUGCUGUAAGCUAUGUUUUCACAGAGGCUGGUGAAGGAAUUGUCUUUGAGCGGUUUAUUGUACAGUGCAUGAAUCUCAUUAAGAUGAUUGUGAAAAAUUAUGCUUACAAGCCAUCAAAAAAUAUUGAAGAUAGCAGUCCUGAAACUCUUGAAGCACAUAAGAUAAAGACAGCCUUUUUCACAUAUCCGACACUAAUGGAAAUUUGUAGGAGAUUAGUCACUCACUAUUUUCUGCUAACAAAGGAAGAAUUAGCCAUGUGGGAAGAGGACCCUGAAGGCUUCACUGUAGAAGAGACAGGAGGAGAUUCCUGGAAGUACAGUCUCAGACCAUGCACAGAAGUUCUUUUUAUUGAUAUUUUCCAUGAAUAUAAUCAGACUCUUACCCCUGUGCUUUUAGAAAUGGUUCACAGUUUGCAAGGAUCUACCAACAUGGAAGACACCAGUGCUAUACUGAUUAAAGAUGCUGUGUAUAAUGCGGUUGGACUGGCUGCUUAUGAACUAUUUGAUAGUGUGGAUUUUGAUCAGUGGUUUAAAAAUCAACUGUUAGCAGAACUACAGGUUUCUCAUAACAGAUACAAACCAAUACGCCGAAGAGUAAUUUGGCUAAUUGGACAGUGGAUUUCUGUAAAAUUCAAAUCAGACUUGAGACCUAUGUUAUAUGAGGCAAUUCGUAACUUGCUUCAAGACCAAGACUUAGUGGUCCGUAUCGAGACAGCUAGGACACUGAAGUUAACUGUAGAUGACUUCGAGUUCAGAAGUGACCAGUUCUUACCAUAUCUGGAAUCCAUGUUUACGCUGCUCUUCCAGCUACUUCAGGAAGUAAACCAGUGUGACACCAAAAUGCAUGUUCUUCACGUUCUGUCUUGUGUGAUUGAAAGAGUAAAUAUACAGAUACGACCAUAUGUAGGAUGUUUGGUUCAGUAUUUACCACUCCUUUGGAAACAGAGUGAGGAGCACAAUAUGCUACGAUGUGCCAUUCUAACCACCCUGAUCCAUCUUGUCAAGGGACUGGGAGCAGACAGCAAAAAUCUCUAUCCUUUUCUACUUCCAGUUAUUCAGCUAAGUACAGAUGUUUCUCAGCCUCCACAUGUCUAUCUUCUAGAAGAUGGUUUAGAGUUGUGGUUAGUGACCUUGGAAAAUAGUCCAUAUCUUACACCUGAGCUCCUAAGAAUAUUUCAGAACAUGUCUGCCCUUCUUGAAAUGAGUUCAGAAAACCUCAAAAAUUGUUUUAAGAUCAUCAAUGCUUAUAUUUUCUUAUCAUCAUCUGAAUUUUUACAGAUGUAUGCUGCUGGCUUGUGCCGGUCAUUUUGCGAACUUUUGAAGGACGUAACUACUGAAGGUCAAGUUCAAGUUUUAAAGGUUGUGGAAAAUGUCCUAAAAGUAAACCCUGUUUUGGGUCCACAAAUGUUCCAAGCCCUUUUGCCAUCAGUAUUCAGGGGAAUUGUAGAUGGGGAGAGAUACCCAGUGGUGAUGUCUACCUACCUGGGGAUCAUGGGUAGGGUUCUACUACAAAAUGCAAGCUUUUUUUCAUUACUUUUGAGCCAGAUGGCAUGUGAAUUGGGCCAGGAGUUGGAUCAAAUUCUUGGUAACAUGAUUGAAAUGUGGGUUGAUCGAAUGGAUAACAUUACUCAGCCAGAAAGAAGAAAACUUUCUGCUUUGGCAUUGCUUUCACUUCUGCCAUCACUGAAUAGUGUUAUUCAAGAUAAAUUUUGUGGUAUCAUCAACAUUUCAGUGGAAGGGCUGCAUGAUAUUAUGACUGAAGAUCCUGAAACAGGAACGUACAAAGACUGCAUGUUGAUGUCUCAUUUUGAAGAGCCCAAAGUUACGGAAGAUGAGGAACCUCCCACAGAACAAGACAAAAGGAAAAAAAUGCUUGCACUGAAGGACCCUGUACACACUGUGUCACUGCAGCAGUUCAUCUAUGAGAAGCUAAAGGCACAGCAGGAAUUACUGGGAGAGCAAGGUUUUCAGACACUUAUGGAAACCGUGGAUACAGAAAUAGUUGCACAGCUACAAGAAUUUUUACAAGGCUUCUAAAUAAGCAGAAACAAGAUUUUUUUUUAUGUCCAGUUUCCCUUUCCAAAAUGUGGAAGGACUCUAGCCUUCCAUCUGGCUGAAGAGCCUACUGAGAGAUGAAAAUACCUUGUGUUUAAAAAAAAUAAAAAUAAAUUUCUGUUGUUGCUAUUAAACUAA